AUGGCCAACCUGCCGCCAGACCGCACGGUCUGGCUCGGCGGCCUUCCCUCCUGGCUGUCGUCGGAGGAGCUGUACCACUGGUGCUGCAGCACUACGUGGCCGGUGUAUGCGGAGGUGGCUCCGAGUGGCCACUCGCUGACAUUUGGCUAUGUCAUCUACAGCUCGCAGGAGGAAGCCGAAGAAGCCGUGACAGCUUUGCCUGCAGGUGUGGCUGGCUACCGGGUCAGCAAACGACCCUGGCAGGGCAAAGGCUCCGUGCAGCAGCAGCUGGCGAAUGCCACUGCUGCUAGCAAGUCGCUGGCGGUGAAAGGGAUGCUGCCCUGGCAGAGGAGGCAGCAGGCCAGGGCUGGCUCUUCGAAGGGGGCUGGCUCUUCGAAGGACCCUCCAAGGGCACCCUCGACUACCUCGUCUGACGAGCAGGAGGAGUCGGAAAGCGAAGAGGAUGACGAGGUCAUCGAGCCGGAGGGGGCCAGAGCAGCCACUCUUCUGGCUGCUCGGAGGAGAGGUGAAGCUCUCCUCCGAGCAGAAGCGGAGCAAAAAAGAAGGCUCAAGGAGAAGGAAAGAGCCAAGGAGCAGAAAAGACUCCGCAGAGCAGAGGAGGAGGAGAGGCGAAAGCGCCGAAGAAAAGAGGAGGAGAUGAUCCAGCUGGCCACGAGGAGAAAACUUCCGGGCCUGGGGGACCCUGCCCAUCCGAACAUGCGAUGCAGCUUUUGGGUGCUCAACACAGCAGCGAGCUGUAGCACCGUAGCCGUGGCCUCAAUGGGGGUCAUGAAGAAGCCUGCUGCAAAGAAGGCAGCCACUCUGCCGCCAGAGGUGACCGAGGCUUUGGAAGUGGUGCCAGGUGUGGAGCAAGAAGACGACCCGGCCGAGAAGCACGAGGAGGAGGCGGACAAGGAGGCGGACCAAGCAGACCCAGAGGGUGCAGAGGAGGAGGAGAACCUCGAGAGAACAAGUCCGGGGGUGGCUCCGGGGGGUGGCUCUGGGGGUGGAAAAACCUCCAAAAGCCUUGCCGAGAAGGCAAAGGGGUGGGCGGCCCAGUCCGCCACCGAGGACGAAGGCCGCGACCAAGUGAAGGCGAGAAAAUAUCGCAAGUUGUGUGACUCGGGUGCAAUCCCGUCACACAUACAAGAGGCGAUAGAAAAAUCGUCCAGCCGCUCCGGCAAGUCCAAGCUGAUCAAUGCCCUCUUCGUCAAGGAUGGCAACGGCCAGCUCGUGAUGAAUCCCAAGGACCCGGUCUUCAGCAGCACCAAGACGGCGAGCCACGAGAACUACGGCAAGGACGAGCGACUCGGAAAGCCUCGCCACGUGUUUCUGUGGGAGACGUACCACGGAAACGAGUCCGCACUCCAGCAGGGCAUCGACACGGGUGCCGUGGACUGCUGGACAGUCGGCGGGGUGGAGAUGUGCUCUUACCGCACACUCAAGAGUGGCAUGGCGAAGAAGGUCUCGGACAACCACAACCUCCACGGCGGCGAGCAAAAGCUGAGCAAGGGCGCCUUCGGCGAGGUGAGUGCCGCCCUGGACGACCUUUCCUUCGACUUCGACGAUGCCGGCUCCCAUGCCAUCUGCGAUGUGGCCAGCUCUUCCGCCUCCGGCAGCAAGGCGGCCCAGAAGAUGUUGGAGUCUGGAAAGCUCUCUGACAAGCAGCGGGCCGUGCUGGUGGAAGCGAAGGAAGCCGUGGACAAGCUUCACGGUACGGGCAUGAAAAUGGCCCAGAAGUGCAAGAGUGACGAGGAUCGCUUGAACUUCAAGGCGGUUUUGCUCGAGCUUAAGGACUGGAGCCACAAGCAGGAGCAUGCCCUCGCCUGGGAUGAGCUGCCGUCCGGAGAAGCCAUCUCUGAGCAGUCCUUCGCCGCCUUUGUCAAGGAGCAGGCCGCUGCGGUCACGACUUUGAACGAGAAGGUGGAGCAGUUCCGGGCUUUGUUGAAAACCCGCAAGGAGCUCUGA